GGUGAUUACCUCUGGUUCUGCCUCUUCCUCCUGUUCCCAUGAUGACCCUGGUUCAUCUUCAUCCUUCGCUCAGCGAACUGAUUUUUUUGUAUAUUUCUUCUUGUGUAUGGGGGCAAUUGAUACUGGUAUGGGUUGGUUCUCUGGUUCAGCUGCAGUGCCUGUUGUGGGGGUUGGAGUAACCGCAGUGCCUGUCCUUUUGUUGUUAGAUCCAGAGACCUUCUCUUCCCCUUGAGGGUACUGAAUAGCAUUGAACAGGGCUCGAUAGGCAUGGGCCAGGCCCCAGCACGUUGCAGUGAUUUGUGUCUCCCUGGAAUUGUCAGGGUGAUAGCAUACUUUUUCCAAAUGUUCUACUAGUUUUUCAGGAUUCUGCACUUGUUCAGGGGUGAAGUUCCAAAACAUUGGAGGUGCCCACUGGUGUAGGUACUUGCCCAUACUACCCCACACACCCUGCCACUCAUCAUUAUCCAGCCUCAGGGCAGACCUCUGGGUGAUCUUCUUAAACAGUUCUUUAACCCUAAACAAGACCUGAACCACAUUCAGGAACAUGCUAAUUCUAGCAAUAGGACCAUGCUGCUUUCAACAUCCCAAGGGUAUUCAAAUUUUUCAUUUUUCUCAAAUGCCAUUGUAAUUAGACUGGAGGAGAAGGGAAAGGGGAGGAAAGGUGUCUCGCCCAUAGAUUGGCUCUCCGAGAUGGAAAGGUAAAUGGUGUAAUUAUUAAUAGUUUCCCGCAGAUGGCUCCCGAAGUGUAGAGGUGACGACAACGCUGAGUGCAAAUAUCAGAUUAGUCCCAGGACCAAUAAUUUUAUCAUACCAUAAGCCAGUGUUACAUAGUACAUCAAAGCGAAAACCUAAAUCCACCUCCCAUGGAUGAUAAUCAGCAGCACAGGGACUCCAUGCAGCAAGUGAGGUGAUACAUAACAGAACUCUAAAAAUGAGCACCACAACUCUAAGAGCCAAUAAACCAACAUUGUGACCAGCAAGUAUUAAACCAAUAUAAUGAAUGCUUGUAGCAAAUUCGUUUUAACACACUCUGGUCAGAUCUGUUGUUAUCUCAACCCUUCGUGCCCCAUGCUGGGCACCAAAAAGGACUGUCGUGCUUUAACCCCAGCCAGCAACUAAGCACCACGCAGCUGCUCGCUCACUCCCCCCCACACAGUGGGAUGGGGGAGAGAAUCAGGAAGAAAAGUAAAACUCCUGGGUUGAGAUAAGAACAGUUUAAUAGGACAGAAAGGAAGAAACUAAUAAUGAUAAUAAUAACAGUAAUAAAAUGACAAUAAUAAUAAUAGGAUUGGGAUAUACAAAACAAGUGAUGCACAAUGCAAUUGCUCACCACUCGCUGACUGAUGCCCAGUUAGUUCCUGAGCAGCGAUCCCCCCCAGGCCAACUCCCUGCAGUUUAUAUACUGGGCAUGAUGUCACAUGGUAUGGAAUACCCUGUUGGCCAGUUUGGGUCAGCUGUCCUGGCUGUGUCCCCUCCCAACUUCCUGUGCCCCUCCAGCCUUCUUGCUGGCUGGGCAUGAGAAGCUGAAAAAUCCUUGACUUGGUAUAAACACUGCUUAGCAACAACUGAAAACAUCAGUGUGUUAUCAACAUUCUUCUCAUACUGAACCCAAGACAUAACACUAUACCAGCUACUAGAAAGAAAAUUAACUCUAUCCAAGCCGAAACCAGGACAGUGAAGUUUUUUAAUGAAAUGAUUAAUUAGCUAUUAUUUUUACAGGACAUUGAGAUAUAUUUAUGGAUGCUUGCAGAAGUCUGUUCAAAACAAGUGGCCAGCUAAUACCACAAUGAGAACAAGAGUUGUUAGUGGCUUUGUUUUUCUUCGACUGAUUUGUCCUGCUAUCCUGAACCCACGGAUGUUUAAUAUCAUCUCAGAUUCUCCUUCCCCUACUGCUGCAAGAACGCUGACACUGGUCGCCAAGUCUGUGCAGAAUUUAGCAAAUCUGGUUGAAUUUGGAGCUAAGGAGCCAUAUAUGGAGGGGGUAAAUCCAUUCAUCAAGAGUAACAAACAUCGCAUGAUCAUGUUCUUAGAUGAACUUGGGAAUGUUCCUGAGCUUCCAGACACUAGAGAGCACUCUAGAACUGACUUAUCUCGUUAUCUGGCAGCCUUGCAUGAGAUGUGUGUGGCACAUUCAGAUGAACUUCGGACACUCAGUAAUGAGCGAGGUGUAAUGCAGCAUGUUCUUAAGAAGCUGUUGGCUAUUACAGAACUGCUUCAACAAAAACAAAAUCAGUAUUCAGUGUCUAAUAACAUCAGGUAGCAGCCCUCUACCUAAAUUCUGCAUGGAUCCAGCAUGUCUAACAUGGCAACUUACACAAGUAUCACUUUUUUUGCUCUUGCCAAAAAUAGCACACCCUGUCACAUUCCCAGUGAUGUGUGAACUAUGCAAAAAGAAAACAAAGAUUCUGUUAGUGAAUGAUUGUACCAGCAGCUUUUUAAACUAUCUGUGCAGGAUAUUUGCACUUUUUUCCACUUGGAAUCAGUUUUUACAGCCUCUGAGCCUUGGUGUACAGUUUACCUUUUGCAAAGAAAAUGCUGUGACUGUCUUGAACUUUGAAAAUUAUUUUCAAUGCCUGCAAUUGCCAAAGUUUUUCUGUUUUGUUGGAAAAGAAUUAUCAACUGAUAAGGAAAGAAAUGCAUUGUUUUGACAGCUACAUGUAACUGGAUAAAAUUUCUUACUGUAAUUUCUGACUGGUUACACUUAUUAUGACUUUGUUUCAACCACUUGAACUUGUAUUUACAAUUUCCAGAGUUCGAUGGUUAUUGUAAGAACAAUCUUUCCUGUAUACUUUUUAUACCAUGCUGUUUCUCUUGCUGGAAUCAUGUCAAAAGAAUAUGCAGAAGGGAUCUUGUCAGCUUUAUUCUUGAAUGUGCCACUGAUUCAGUCUAAAUAAUUCUUCCAUCAAGGACUGUGUAUCCAUCCAGGUAAAUCACAAUGCUUUUGUAAAAUGUUUACAACAGUGAAUAAUUAGAAUUCAGUAAAUUUAUUAUCACUGUAUCAGACAUGCAUGCAUCCAUUAAACCAUUUUAUAAAAUAUGUAUUGGUUGGUCUUGUGUGUAAUGUAAGGCUAUCGUGAAUCUUAUUUUUAAACCUGAAAAAUAAGUUUUUAAAAUAAUCAAGCUGCCAAUAGGCUCUUUAUGGAAACUGGCUAACUUUGGGUGCAAGUAAUAGAACAUUGUAAAAAUGAAAUUUGGAUAACAGAUAUGGUUGGCUAUUUAUCUACUAUGUAUAAAAUGCAUUGACAAAAAUGACUGUAGGUAAAUCUCAAAGUUGCAUUUAGGUAUGUAUAUUAAAAAAUUGACACCACUACUUAUUUCCAAAAACAGUGUGUGAAAAUUAAUGUUGUAGUUUACCCCCUACCAGCAGCUUAAGCACCACACAGCUACUUGCUCACUCCCCCCCC